AUGGCCCAGUCACCAGCACCUCCACUCUGGAAACAACCAUCCACCAAUGGCCCAGUCACCACCGCCUCCACUCCGGAAACAACAGUACACCAAUGGCCCAGUCACCAGCACCUCCACUCUGGAAACAACCAUCCACCAAUGGCCCAGUCACCACCGCCUCCACUCCUGAAACAACAGUACACCAAUGGCCCAGUCACCAGCGCCUCCACUCCGGAACAACCGUCUACCAAUGGCCCAGUCACCAGCGCCUUCACUCUGGAACAACAGUACACCAAUGGCCCAGUCACCAGCGCCUCCACUCUGGAACAACCGUCCACCAAUGGCCCAGUCACCAGCGCCUCCACUCUGGAACAACAGUACACCAAUGGCCCAGUCACCAGCGCCUCCACUCUGGAACAACAGUACACCAAUGGCCCAGUCACCAGCGCCUCCACUUCGGGGACAACCGUCCACCAAUGGCCCAGUCACCAGCGCCUCCAUUCUGGAACAACAGUACACCAAUGGCCCAGUCACCAGCGCCUCCACUCUGGAACAACCGUCCACCAAUGGCCCAGUCACCAGCGCCUCCACUUCGGAACAACCGUCCACCAAUGGCCCAGUCACCAGCGCCUCCAUUCUGGAACAACAGUACACCAAUGGCCCAGUCACCAGCGCCUCCACUCUGGAACAACAGUACACCAAUGGCCCAGUCAACAGCGCCUCCACUUCGGAAACAACAGUACACCAAUGGCCCAGUCACCAGCGCCUCCACUUCGGAACAACCGUCCACCAAUGGCCCAGUCACCAGCGCCUCCAUUCUGGAACAACAGUACACCAAUGGCCCAGUCACCAGCGCCUCCACUGUGGAACAACCGUCCACCAAUGGUCCAGUCACCAGCGCCUCCACUCAGGUACAACCGUCCACCAAUGGCCCAGUCACCAGCGCCUCCACUCUGGAACAACCGUCCACCAAUGGCCCAGUCACCAGCGCCUCCACUUCGGAAACAACAGUACACCAAUGGCCCAGUCACCAGCGCCUCCACUCCGGUACAACCAUCCACCAAUGGCCCAGUCACCAGCGCCUCCACUCCGGAAACAACCGUCCACAACAGUCCACCGUGGCAAUCACAUCAGCAUCCUGGACCAUGUCCGAAACAACCGCGUCCGACGGGUGGGCUGGGGCCGAGAACUCAGGACGACACCAGGCCUCUCCGCACUUGA